AAAUAUUACUGAACACGACCGCCAUCACUAUCUCUUUGGAAAGACACUUCAGGCAAUUGAUUAUUUGUCCAAAUAUUACAGAGACGAUUCCUGCACUACUUGUUACCUGCCUCAAGAACCUACACCUUGCUUUAUUACUUUUUGGAUGUGGUUCAGCACCUUUCAACCAGCCAACUUUUACUCACAACAUGCUUUAAGACGUUUUGAGAAGCUUAGUAAUUUCAAAAUCUAUCAAAUCCCUGAUCAGCUAUUAUGCUGUUUCAUCUUCAGUUUUAGAUAUAAAGAACAUCCUAACGAUUUUUCAACUCUAGUAAACGAGUUUUUAACAGCAUACCAAGAGACCAACCAGUUUGCUGAAGACCCUUUAGCCGACGUAUAUAAUAGUGAAACCUUUGAAGAAAAUCCACAAAAUGGCGAUAUGGCCCAAGACAAUAAUCAAAACCAAGUUCUGCUUCUCAUUGACCUGGACGAUGAUAAUCAAAUUAAUCAACCUAACCAACCCAUCCAGCCCAUCCCAAUACUUCAGCACAACCACUUCGGCAAUCAAAACCAAGACAAUGCCCAAAAUGACACAGUGACUUUUCUUGCACAGCAGAUUGGGGCUUUAGUCAUGCAAAUGCAGCAUUGUCCUACCCGAUUUUGUCGUGGUGGCUUUGCCCUAGUCCCAAAACCAGAAGAUCUCCUUGCUAAAUUCACUGAAGCCCUUACAACAAUGAUGACAAGGCUACAGAAGAACUAUGAGCCCCCACGCCGUGGCCCCAACAAUUGGAACAAUGCCAAUAGAUUUAUCUGUAAUCGUUGUGGGCAAGCAGAACAUUAUGCAAGAAAUUGUCCUAACCCACCUCCACAGAAUCUUAGGAAUAAUGUGGCUACCGGAGCCAAUGCUAUCCCAGUAGGACAAAAUAAUGAGGUUAUGGACCCAUUGUUCUUCUCCACAGAAGAAACAGAAAAACUAUCCCAGCAUACUUGCAGUAAAAAGUGGCGAGUUGAUGAAUCAGCCCCUGAACCCCCAAAAGUUGGUCAGGAAGCUUCAGUCCCUAAUGACCGCCCUCCAAAAGUUUCUCAGCCUGCAGCUGAAGAUAUUGAAAAAGCUGGCAGUUCCACUUUUGAAGAAGAAACAGAAAGUGAAUAUGAGGAUGAAGAGUUAGAAGAUAGAAUUUUCGGGUACUCCAAAGAAGAAGAAGAAUACAAAACCAACCUUACCCAUUAUGAAAACGAGGUAUUAUUGGGCUGCUUCAGCUCUGAUAAAAAAUUAGCUACCUCUCAGUAUAGAGAACAACUCGAUGACCCAGGUAUUCAUGUUUAUGAACUGGAAGAAGAUAAAGACCUUUUCAAAGCUGAUUUUGGCUUUUUUGGCUCAGAUAGUGUUGAUGAUAGAAUAACCGGCGAGUUUUAUUUUGAUGAAGGAGAACCCCACUACGAACUCGAUAUUGGAAGUCUUGAAGAUAACUUGGGACGAACCAACCUCGUUACUCAUGCCAUUCAAACUGAUAAUGCCCUGCCUAUUAGACAACGAUACUACUGA